GUGGUUCAUGUUCACACUCGUUUUAAGGUCUUAGCCUCAAUCUUCCCACCAUGGUGACGCUCGAUGAUGGCAUACCAUGUUUCCUCAAGGUGCCAGGCCAUGAGGAGUCCGAGAUCGCCCUGUGCGUCGAUGAUGCUAUGACAGGGCUUGAUGUGAUCCGCUGGGAACAGAUUCGGGGGGAAGCGCCUCCUCAUGAGUCUCGUGGGAACCGACUCCUGUCGGUUCAAGACCGGAUGAUUGCGCCCCAUGAGCUGGUACGCCCAGCUCUCCCUGAGUCUUGGUCUGGAUGUGUGACGCUUGCGGAUUACUCUCAACUUAUCCCAGCUGAAGGCAAGAUUUGUCGCAUCAGGGCCACUGAACUGCGAGGCAUCAGAGUGGCGCAAUUGCACUCUUUGUUGGUGUUCAUCAAGGAGAUGGCUCCCUACUGGUGUGAAACAUUUGGUGCUGAAGCCGGACAGGCACUUUUGUUUGAGAAGUUCAAUCUUUACAAUGCGAACCAGUGGAUCAUCCGACCCUCCGCAGAAGGGCGCGGAGGACAUCGGAUUCAUUUGAGCAAGGUGAUGAGCCAAGUGGAGAAGGGUUGCAGCUAUGUCGAGCUGGUGAGCAUGGAAGCAGAGGCCCAGCGUCCCCACUGGUUCGUCUCCCACGCAUGGAAGGAGCCGAUCGUGAAUUUUGUCUCCUGCUUGGAAAAACAUUUGGCCGUACGGGGUCUUUCACCAGAGAGCCCCUAUUGGGUUUGCGCCUAUGCCAACAACCAGCAUACCCUAGACAAAGAAAUUACGGAAGAUCCACGGGAAACUGCCUUCUACCGUGCCAUGAAGGCCAGUGAAGGUGUACUUCUCAUCUUGGACAAGGAUGCAACGCCAUUUUCGCGCAUUUGGUGCUGCUUUGAAGAGAGUGUUGCGGUCGAAGAGCGCAACUCUGCCACACCCUUGCUGCUGGACCUGGCUGCUGUUGCAUCUUUCGAGGCUCACAUGGUCACGGAUGGCUUGGCAGGAGUUGAACGCCAGAUGAUGCCACUCCUGGGGAUGCUGUCGAAGAGUCAGCGUGAAAGCUACUUUCCAGCGGAAGUCCUUGAAAAGGGCUUGCAGGUGGACAUCAGGACAGCUGAAGCUGCAGUAGCAGAGGAUAAGAACCGCAUCUUGAUGAGCAUCGUCAAGCGGCGGCAAUCGAAGAAUGCCAUUGGGAUGUUCAGCUCCUCCAAGAGUUCAAGGAACUCUGAAGUACAGCUUCCGCCCAAGGAGCAUGAGAGCUACGACAUGGUGAAUCGUGCGCUGGCCGCGCAGUUCUCUUUGGCGAGCUGGUUUGAAUUCGUGAUGAAGGGUCGCAAUUGUCAGAAACUUGCGGAUGCAUUGGCAGCUGACGUGAGCAGAACCAUAGUGCAGUUGUCCAUGACUGGCUGCUUUGGCUUCAAGGAUGCAGAUUUGCAGGCCCUGUUGCGCUGCUUGCCAGAAGGACUUUGUGUUUUGCGCAUGGAUUUGGCCUUCACUGAUCUAAAAGCACCCUUUGAUGACGAACACCUGAAGUUCCCAGAUUUGAAGCAGCUGAUGCUGCGCUUCAGCGGUUCCUCCCUGGAGAGCAUAGAAGGUUUGCCAGCCAUGUUGAGUCACCUUAAACUGAGCAGUUUGGAACUAUGGCUUUGUAACUUGCCAGCUCUCAAGAGCAUCGGGUCAUUGGGGCACAUCAUCAAGAGGUCUCAUUUGAAAGAGCUGGUGCUGCAACUUGUUGGCUGCCCUCAGCUGUCUUUGGCGGCCAAAGAGGAGCUGAACCGAUGUCUUCGCAAUGUGCUUCUUUGGUUAAGAGUGAAGCAGCAUGUUCAAAUUGAGGACGUGUCUCAUUCAUGGCAAUGCCCUCGCAGAAACGAAGUCCAAGUGCAGCAUCCAGGGAACCCUUGCGAGGAGUAUGAAGAGAUUUCAGGCCUGAUGCCGUACCCUUGCAGCUACCCGGGCUGUAAAGAGUUCCACCAGAACCACCAGGGCUUCUGCAGGCGACAUCGACGACAAGGCUUUCUAUGGAAGAUGAGGUCCUCGUUGCAAACGGUUCGGCAGGGUGGAGAGCUGGCGCUGCUCUUGUCCACGCAGGCUUUUCUAGAAUCCAACAGCAGAAUCACCCUUGCUCUCCUUGGAUUGUCUUUGUACCCUGUAACAUACACGAUGGUGGCGGACUCCACAGGCAUCUUUGCCGGUGUGGUGGUUUCCAUUGCACUGAUGCUUGUCUUCGCUAGCCUUGCAUACACCUCAGCCCGUUUUGAUUGGAUGCGCAGCUCCAUGUUGAAGUUGUCUCUGGCGACCGAAGCAAGCUAUUUCCAGGUUUUGCAGGACGCGUCUGGGCCUGUGGCGGCUUUGUCCACUGUUUUCGAAGAGCUGGGAGAACUCGACAAGUUGCAGCAAGACCCUGAUUUGGUUUCAGAUUUGAAAAGCAGCUUUGUUGAAGCAGGGCGACGCAGAGGUGUCUUUCAGAAGUGGAUUUGCGAUUAUUUCUCGGACAUUGAGGGUAGUGUCAAGGCUAAGCUGAAACUACCUACAGAAGUCUUUGGAGUGGUGCAAGCGCAAGGAGCGCCAAGCUUGGUGGACCUUCUCUACUGCGAGGUGCACUGUCGGGGUAUGCGUAGCGUUCAACGCGCUUGGCAUUGCCUCAAGGAGAUCGUGGCGACAUGCGAUGCAGACGGCGCCGAAGAGCCGCGCAAACUUCGCCUCGCGGCCGUGCGGGAUGAUUUCGUGGUCUUCAGAGGAAGGAGAUGUGGUCGGGCAGUGCUUUCCAUCGACGGCUACCUGGCCACAGUGAUUUUUUUGGAGAUGAACUUGGCAAGGCUUGAUGAAGAACUUGGCGAUACAUGCCACAUGGCCGAAAGCAUCGGGCUUUUGGAGGAUGUUAAGCCACAGAACUGGGAGGUGGUGUCGACAUCCAAAGUGACGCGCAGCAGUUGGCUUCAAUGGGGCUGUUUGUUUUUGUUACGUCUUCUUGCAGCCGGUUUUGCAGGGACACUCGGCAGAGAUUUGAGGCAACAAUGCCCCAUGAUCCAAGGUACUUUGGUGCGGGAUACUAUGUUUUUGGUGGGUUGGUCUUCAGCUUACCCUUCUUCGUGGUUGGACUGGCCUUAGGGCGCGAUCUAUUCCCAAGACAGACGCAAGACGAUACUUCCUCGAGCCGGCUGGUGUAUGAAAAAUACUUGGGCAUGCAGGCAGGACAUUACUACGUUCUGAAAGUUACCAUAUUGCAAUUUGCCACUGUGGGCCUGCAAGCAGUGGGUAAACUUGAGGCCUUUGGCGCUGCAGUUAUUGAAAGCCGAACCAAUUCAGCUAAUUCAGCCCUCCUUGAACUUGGUUACCUUUCGUUGGAUGUUUACACGGACUGCUACUGGAUAUUUGUCAGCCUGCUAAUGGUUAAUUGCAUUUAUCCAAGCAUCCUCCUGUGCUUUCCGAGCGCCAGAUGGGCGCGCGUUGGUGCAGGUUUCAUGGACAUUCUUUUGGAUUUGGGUUACCUGGGCACCUUCAUAUUCCUCUUCUUCCCAAUUCCAAGUGGUUCUCGCCUUCAAUUUCCCAUGGAGUUUUUGGGGUACAUGGCCAGCUACACCAACAUCGUUCGCAUGUUUGGAGUCUGCCGUUCGCUGGAGGCUACUAGUGAGGCUACUAAGACACCGGCGCGAGCGUCGGAACUUCAAGCAAAGCAGCGAAUACUGAAACGAUUCGCCCCGUGGCAUUUGACAUUAAGCUCGCUGUUGGUGCUGGCGGUCGUUCUGAGCAACGAGGAUGUUUACCCAAUGUGGAUUCCGAGUGCAGGGGAGAGAUGCCUGCCAUGCCGCUGCAUCACACGACCGGAAGUGCAUUUGAAAAGUUGCAACUUCCUCCGGUUGACUGAUGAAACGGAUCUCACCUUUGAAUCCAGGCAAAUCAAGAGCAUCGCUCCGGAGGCGCUGAGUCGGCUCACAUCCUUGCAGUCCAUCUCUUUCAAAAACAACGAGCUCACUUCGCUUCCUUCAGGUCUGCUUAAUGGGCUCACGUCGUUGGGUUACAUCGAAUUGAACAACAACCAGCUCAUUUCGCUCCCUUCAGAUCUCUUUGAUGGGUGCACGUCGUUGCGUUACAUCAGUUUGAACAACAACCAGCUCACGUCGCUUCCUUCGGACCUCUUUCAUGGGCUCACGUCGCUGGAGGGCAUCAGUUUGAACAACAACCAGCUCACUUCGCUUCCUUCAGAUCUCUUUCAUGGGCUCACGUCGUUGAGGGACAUCUACUUGAACCACAACCAGCUCACUUCGCUUCCUUCAGAUCUCUUUCAUGAGCUCACAUCGUUGAAUCAGAUUGAUUUGAGCUACAACCAACUCGUUUCGGUGGCGCAGGAGCUUUGCGAAGUCCGGAAGUUCGUGAAUCUGAGCUACAACCAUAUAUCUUCGCUUCCGGAAGUCUGUGAUGGUUUGCCCCAUGUUCUUUGGGAGCCGAACAACGGAGAGGUUGAGUCUCCCUGAUGUUCGAUAUGCUGCCAUGCUGCUCCGUUGCGACCUGCCAUCAUUCAUGUGACUAUAGUGGGUUUUGGGGUGGAUGGGAUGAAUCAACAAUUUUGGAUACGUGAAUUGAACUCUCAGGAAUUUUUCAGCUCAAGAUCGCUUCCAAAACCCGAUUCAUUGCUGCAAUGUCCAGAUUCGCUUCCCGGUCCAGAUUCCAGUGCAAACCUGAGGCCAAAACGUCACAGGUUGGACCGCACGGGGUGUCGGCACCGAUUUACACGACGCCGCGAUGGUUUGACACGACCCUCGUUGGUGAGUUGGUGACUCGUCCAGCCGAGUGGUGGGCCGCAAGCUCUGCAUCCAGCAUGUUUGACACCCCAAACGGGGCACACCUUCGGAGCUUCCCACAGCACCAAGAGCCUGUUCAACGCGGGCUGGGCCAAGGCAGGUAUGCUUGGAAACGAGAGGCUUUCUCAGAAUACGUCGCAAAAUGGGAGUUUGCAAUGUGAAGUUCGUUUGUUGCCUGUCGGCACUGCAAUUUGGACACAUCACUGAAGCCGAAGCUGCGAUCGAUCUGACAGUGAGCUGCCGUUCGCUGCCAUGUCACACAAAAGGAUGAACGAGGACGAACGUCACUUGUUUGGAACCAACUUCCCCAUCCGGCCGCCUUGAACCCCAAGCCUUCCAAGCCGGGAAAAGCUGCGCCAGCUGCGUGUUCAGCAGAGGCCAUGCCGUAAGCCCUGAGAAGCUGAUGAAAUCAUAUGAGCCAUGCCGUAAACCGCG